CAAGAGUUGCGCGCCGAAAAAUGUGGCCCGGGAAGCCUCUAUGCCGACUUUGCGAGCGGCCAGCGGCCGACGGCGGCCAUCAGGCGGCUGAAUUGGACAAGGAGAAGUUUUCCGAGUGGUGUUUGGUCUAUUUGGGCCACACGCUGGCCGACGAGUUGAAAGACAACGAUCUCAUCUGCUGCUUUUGUGUUUGGGACGCCAGAUUUCUACACGAAAACUCGGAGCAUGAGAGACGAGAUUUAUGUUGGUGGCCCAAAGAAUCAAUGAGCAAGGCGCUGUUUGAAACUUAUGAAGUGAAGCAGUGCUGGGUGCCUUUGAAAAAACUUGCGGAACCUAAAGCAGUUGAAGAAACAUGUGAAGGGACGGCUGUAAAAGGACAAAAGGUGAACAAUGGAAAACUAUAUAAAUGCAUUUAUUGCAAGAAAAGCUUUUCUAUUAAGCGGUGUUUAACAAUUCACAUUGAGAGCAAACAUAGAAAUAUUGCAAUAAGAUGCAAUUUUUUUGAGAAAUGCGCUAAUUACUUUCUUAGCACAAAAGAUAGAGAUGAACACAUUAAGAAAUUGCAUUAUCAAUUAAAAGAGAGGCCCGGCUGCAUUUUUUGUUCUGUUUAUUUUACAUCAAGAAACGCAUUGAACGGACACAUGAAAAAUUUUCACGCCGGUGUAUUUACAAAAUGCAAAAACGUGCGCUGUGGUAAAUACUUUAAGUCAUUAACCGAUUUGGACUUGCAUUUUAAUAUGGUGCACAAAGCGCUUGAAGAUAAGAAAACAUUUCAAUGUGAAAAUUGUAGCUACAAAGGUGUGUCUAAAAGACUUAUAUCACUACACAUCCAACAUGUACAUUUUAAGAUAGAAAAUCGGAUUAAGUGUAAAAUGUGCGCAAAAUCAUUUAAAAAUGAUAUAAACUUCAAAAUACAUGUAAAGACUAUACAUAAAUUCAAGUACUGUACAGCUUGUGGUGUGAAGUUCAGUCUGACUGCUUUUUCAGCACAUAUAUCACAAUUUCAAUAUUGCAAAAGAUGUGGGGACUCAUUCCAAUGCUACAAUUUGCUAAAAAAACAUAAAAUCGCGUGCUCCUGUGUAUGUGAAUUGUGCUCGAAAUCAUUCCCGACGAGGGCCAGAAUGAAAUACCACAUAAACAGGCACUUGAGUAAAAUUGCAGUAAUACCGGAGCAAAAUGCUAAAUUCAAGUGCAAAUUUUGCGGUAAAUAUUUGACUGAACGGAGCUUGAAAUAUCAUGAUAUGAUGCAUUCAGAUUCAAGGUGCACAUUCGAAUGCGGCCAUUGCACCAUGAAAUAUUUUAAAAAGUUUAGCUUGGUUUCGCACUUGGCAAAUGUGCACAACCUUAUUGAGAAAAAUCAUCCAUGUAAUUUUUGUGACACGCGAUUUUGUAGUAAAUCAAUAUUAAAUGCUCACUUGAAAAGUCAUUCUAAAUCAACAAUUCAAUGCUCGAUUUGCCAAGGGUAUAUACUAUCUCACAGAUUUAGUGCUCACAUGAUCUGUGCCCAUGGUAUACGAAGAGACUUAUGAUAUGUUUACUUUUUUUGCGUUGUUUUGUUAGAGAGGGUAGAAUUUUUUCUUCCUACGCAUAAAAUUAUGUAAGUUCAUUAAUACUCAAAAGAACUUAUCAGUUUGAACGUCUAAAAAGCGCUUCUUUGUAGAUAAUAUUGUAAAAAUAAAUUAAAUAUUACGC